CGAAUAUCUUCUGUAGACGUUCGGAAAGUGGUUGAGUGUGGUGUGCGUGUGUGAAGGCAUUUUCCUCAGGCCCCGUGAGCUAGGGGGUCCUAGAAUUAAUUCAGCAGCUUCCCCCGCACCGAAUUGUAAAAGGAAGAUGACCCAAACCCGAACGGAGUGAGUGCCAUCGAAUCGGACUAACCCAAGCCACGCUAGACCAUGCUGCGGGGUUGGUUCGACGCCUUCAGGGUGGACGGCGGGCCCACUCUCUACUCCCAUGCCAACAGAACCCCGGUUGUGGAAGACAUCCGGAACAUCCUCAUCUACGUGUCCUUCUCCACACUCUUCAUUGCGUUCCUGCUCAUCUUCCCCGGAAUCAGGAAAGAGAGAGUCUCAACUUUGAUAACAGUCACUACGAGCCUAUUUGUUGGUGCUGUAAUUUUACUUUCCAACAAUGGGACAGACUGGCAUGUCUCAGAAGGUUCAAUCAGCACGCCAUACAGAGCAUUCUCAAAAGAAAAACUCUACGCUGACAUCAGUGUUAGAAUUGGACUUACGAGUGUCAACGUAACUUUACAAGCUAAUCCGAUUCACAAGAAUAGUGAGGACAUAAACUACAAUGAAAGGUUCAACUGGGUAGAAGCGACGCAGCUCAAAACGGAGUUUCGGGAAGCUCUGAUCAAGGGUCUUCCUUUCCCGAUCCUGACCAUCGCCGAGUACCUCAGUCAAAACAUGGAGGGCUUUUCCUGGGGUGGAAAGUACAGAAAAGCCGGAUAUUACACCUCCAUCAUGCUGUGGACAUCUUUCGCUAUAUGGAUGGUCAUGAAUAUUCUUCUGUGCAUGGUGCCACGUUAUGGAGCGUAUGCCAUGGUGCUGACGGGACUCUUGGUUCUAUCGGCCAAUGCCAUUUAUGCCCUUCUUUUGCCCAAGAUUCCCCUCAUCAUUCAUUUUGAAGUGCAGGUCCUCACUUUUUCAUUUGGAUGGUGCUUCUGGAUUCUCGUCGUAGCAGGCACAUUAUCCGUCAUCGUGGGAACCGCCAUGUCCAUCAUCGACAACUUCUUCCCAAACAAGUUCUCCACUAUCUUCGAGGUGGACUACGACACGCCGUAUCGCUACUUCGUCGGGCAAGACACGUCAGCUGCGGGCCCCACCCCGGUGAGGGAACACCUUUCCCUGGGCCCCGUCUCCGCCACCCCUUUCCCGGUGCUGAGCCCAGCCCACAACGCCCCCUCGGACGGACUCGUCAACGGGGCGUUCGACGACGACGAGGAUGAGGACAAGGGCAGAGAGUACGGCACCAUCGUCAACGGAAAGAGAGCGGUCAGCCUCAAAAAUUUCGGCAAGUUCGCGCAGAAGGAAGCUGGACGACGAAAGCAGCUUUCCUACAUGCAAAGGAAAAUUAACAGUUUCUCUGGACCCCAUAUAUCUCCACGUGGAAAGGAUGUGAACAUAGAUAUGAAAUCAGUAGCAGGAAUUUGGUGACAUGAUCAAAAGGACGCAAUGUUUUCCUUCAAUUUUUCAUGAGAUGUUUGGAAAGUAUAGGGAGUAAAGUGAUUUUGUCGCAACUAUUACAAAACACAGCUUUUUCGUCGCACCCCAAUGUGAUCUCAAGAAAUGAUGUUCUAACUUCGACUACGCAUUCCUUAGAUCGGCUGACGUAUUCCAUUGUUGUUAUUGAAGAGAGAAACGGCUCAGCCAAUAGACAUCAAUUUUCUACCAAUUUUGAAUGGUUGAAAAUUUAGAAAAUAUAUAUAUGAAUGGUAUUCGGAUUUUUUUCACACACCAUUCAAGCCAGUUGCCAAAAACUUUGAUUUGAAUCGUGAACUUUGUAUUAUUUAUUAUGCAUGUUGUUGUUGUUAUAUCAUUCAAAAUGUAAAUAUGUAUUACUGGAAAUAAUGUAUAUAGGCGUAACUUUUAUCUUUUAAUGAAAGCAAAAUUUGAAAUACAAUCCAUGUAAAUUAUGUACGAUGCACGGUCAAAAAAUUAUAGAUGAAGUUCCUGUUCUGUAUU